AACUAAACAAGCAUUGUCUCUUAUUCACAGGAUCAGAUUAUCAGUCAUUACACUGAGCUUGUGAAGCGCAAUGAUGCUGUCUCCAUAGAAACAUGCAACAAAGUGCUUGUGGAUCUGUCAGUCCAGAUGAGUCACAAUCUACAGCAAGGAGUUUACGCAACACCUGGUGGCUACAAGCUGUACUGCGAGGACCGUGAUCAUGUGGUGCAACAAUUCAGAGCCACACCCAACAAGGGAACGAAGGCAGAGGACGUUCUGGACCAAUUUCUAAAACAGAAGAAAAUCGAAGCUGCCUCCAUUCUGCUGGCUGAUCAAAAACUCACAGAAAAUGAGAAGCAAAUAGCCAGAGAGAGGGAGCAUGCACUCCAAAUGGAGCAGCAGAACAAGGCAAUGGAGGAGGAAACCCAUCAGAUGAAGUGCACCUUGGAGGAGGAGCGGAGGAGCCGCGCAGAGAACGAGCGGCAAAUGGAGCUGAAGCUGCAGGAAGAGACAGAGAACGCCCGCAAGGAGUACGAGAACGCGCUGGAGAGCAAGCUGAAAGAGCAGGAGGAGCUGAUGAAGAAGGGCUUUGAGGAGAAGGCAACGAUGCUGCAGGAGGAGAUCAGCCAGCUCAAACAAGAGUCAAAGAUCUGGGUAGAUGUGGCUAAGAUAGGUCUUGAGACAGCUAACAAUGCAUUUAAUAAUUUCUUACAGUACAAAUCUAUGGGGCUUUUACUGAAAAGAUAGUAAAAGUCUUGUACUUUUUAUAGUUGUAAGGAAGUUGUAAGAGGGAUCAUUAUAAACAGAGCUGGUUAAACAGGCUUAUUUGUAAUCUGCCAAGUGUUUAACCUGUAGUACUUUGUAUUUAAUCAUAUCCUGAUGUAACUAUCACUAUUUAAUCAUAGCCUGAUGUAACUAUCACUAUUAUCUGCUGUAUUAUUGAAUUGUGUUUUGUCACACUUGUACUUUGCUUGAACAAAAGUUAUUGUAUUUCUUGCUCUUAUUGUAUUACUUGUAUUGUAACACUUGAAAUGUUUUUGCUUACGAUUGUAAGUCGCCCUGGAUAAGGGUGUCUGCUAAGAAAUAAAUAAAUAAAUAUA